CUAAUUCAAACUCGAAUCCCUCAGGCCACAGGAUCUUCAUAUAACUCACUAGUCUGUGAAAUCCCCGAUCAGCUAUGAAGUCCCAAAUGAAGAAAAAAAGAGUGCCACCCAUUCCCAACACUUGUUGCAACACCAGCAAUCAGAUUUGCAUCAACCCUUGUUGUUUCUUCUGCAGCAUGAAAGAACCAGAUGCAUCUGAGAGAAGGGCUGGGAUAGUGGCCUGCUUCAGAGAAAUGCCUGAUGGAGACACUCAUGAACACGUGUUGGUGCUUAGUGGACUAUGGCACAUCGCAAUGAGCCAACCCAACGACCCAGAGUUCCCAUCCCUCGGCGUAUUCAAGUGCAUGGCAAGCCUAAUCCACAAAGGCAUAAGCGACACCCACUGGCUUCUCACAAACCAAAACAUAUACAUACCUUACUACGCUGCUCACAUUAUUGGCUCAUACACAAUGAACAAGGAGGAGUUUGCACAACUAGCCGUGCAAUCAGGUGUGGUACCCCCUUUGGUGGACCUUCUCAGAGGCAAGAUCAGUUGGGUUGAGCAAAGAGUCGCUGUUCGAGCACUUGGUCACUUAGCCAGUUACAAAAGCACGUUUGAAUCAGUAGCAUAUCACGAGCAAGAGGUGGUGAACUUGGCCUUGAACUUGGCUUCCACCUGUUUAGAAAUUGUCUAUGUUGACUUCAUUGCUGUGAAGGAAAACAAAAGAGUGGAGUACCAUAGGAACUUGAUUACUAGAGGGGUUGGGGAUUUGGAGAUGGAGAAUCGCAAGGCAGAGGAAUGGGCUAGCCAGCUUCAAUGUUGGUCUCUUUAUCUUCUCAAUUGCUUUGCUUGCAAAGAUAGGUCUCUGGAUCUCAUCUGCAAAAAGGUGUUUCUCAAGGACUUGUGUGAUAUAUGGGGUGGCUUCAUAAACCACACGUCACCAGGUGGGGUUGGACUCAUUAGAAUCUUGUGUUAUAGUAAAGUUGGAAGGAAAAACAUUUCUGAAUUACCGAAAGUUGUGAACACUCUAGGUAACCUUUCAAGAUCUUCAGAUGAUUGGCAGUAUAUAGGCAUCGAUUGUCUUCUUCUGCUUCUCAAGGAUCCUGAUACUAGGUACAAAGUUCUUGAUGUUGCUGCUUCGUACCUUAUUGAUUUGAUUGAACUUACAAGCCUUGGAGAUAAAUCCAACGUGGGUGAUACCAUCAUAAGGGUUCUCCUUAGUGUGAAACCUAACAGACAAAAGGUUGGAGCAGCAAUGUUGCAAGAGGUGGUGGAUAGGAGGAACAAGGAGAAGCUACUGUCGGAGGAAAAAGUAGAGGAAACAAGGGUUUUGGUGGGUUUGAUAAAGCAACAAGGGAAUCACAUGUUCAGGUUGGGAAAGGUGGAAGAGGCUUUGUUGAAAUAUUCUGAAGCACUUGGUGUUUGUCCCUUGAGGUUUAGAAAAGAAAGAAUGGUGAUUUAUAGUAGCCAAGCACAGUGUCAUAUUCUGCUCAAGAACGCGGAUUCAGCUAUCAGUGACUCAACGCGUGCUCUUUGCCUUUCCAACCCUGCAAACACACAUGGAAAAAGCCUUUGGAGAAGGUCACAAGCAUAUGACAUGAAAGGAAUGGCCAAAGAGAGCCUCAUGGACUGCAUAAUGUUCAUCAACAGUUGCAUCAAGUCGGGGGAUAGCAUGCGUGUCAAGAUUCCUUACCACGCUGCGCGCAUGAUCAGCAAACACAUGGACGCCACGUGGCUCUUUGCCACUGCUCGCUUGAAGGUGGAACAAAUACAAGAGUUGAACCAUGAAGAGCAACCACGUGAUCAUAAGAUUAUGGUGGAGACGAGAAACAGACUCAUACACGGUCUGUCAACCAUUAUUGAGGAACCUUUUCACGCAAAAGAAGCUGAUAGGAGAAAGAUGGAAAGGGCGAGAAGGAGAUUCAAGAAGGGUGUUGUGGCUCGAUCAACGUAAAAGUCAAUUUAAAUGGCUUGAUAUAUACAUGCGGAGGAAGAGAAUCUUGUGUCACAUCCCAGAUUUUUGCCACUAGGAUAGACAUAAACUUUGUUUAAUUAAGUGCUUUAAUUUGUCAGUGGCAGGUUAUAUAAGGCUCUUAGAUCUAUUUUACAUAUUGAAAAUGGUAAAUGGAGUGUUACGUAAUGGAAUAGCAAAUUAUAAAAGAAUGGCGUGACUGAUAUAAUCCAGCAGCACGCAGGAAAAUGGAGAG